CCGGUGCCGCGGGCGGGGCGGUCCCGGGCGGGCGCUGCCGCGGGGGUGCCGGUGGGGUCCGGUGCCGCCGGGCCGUGCCCACCCCGCGCUCAUCGCCGUGCCCCGAGCGGCGCCGCCGCCUCGCCCCGGGGCUUGCGGCUCCUGGUUCUUUCCGUUCCGGUGUGCGCCGUCUGCGGGGUCCUGAAACGUCCCUUGGCAUGGCCGAUGUGGCGGCCCCGCAGCCCCCAGGGCCGGGGAGAGCGGCUGCUUUGUUCGGGUGCGCUUCGUGCCCAGCCUUCUCACGUGCCACGCUGGAACGGGAAUGUUCGACGUGCUUGCAGGAGAAAAACAGAGAAAUAAACUGUAAAGCGAUUUAUUUCCUAGGUAGUUCUCGCCGUCUGAACAUACCCACUUUGCACAGCCACUUCUUUUUCCUGCUUCUGCUGUCCCUCCCUCCCCUGAGCGUGUUCACCCUUCCUGUGCAAGCUGCAAUCUGCAUUAAUCACUCUCUGGGGCUGUGGUGGUACUAAUAAGCUACUCAUAGCAACUUAAAUUAUAACUUGCAUAAUCAGUGUUUUGAGCAAAUAUUGGUUGGAAGAAUAUGCCUGUCCCAUCAGUGCUGUGGUUGCUGGAAAGAAUCAUUGAUUAUCUUUUAAAUAGUUAACACUGCUGAUAUGCUGCCCUUCAAAAUGUUACAUUGAUAACUGAGCAGGCUGAUGCCAAGUGUCAGAACACAGCAUUGAUCCACAGCUGGUAACUUUUUUUUGAAUGACAGUGUCUGUCACGUAAUUUAGAGGGGUAAUGAGUUAAGUGCUUUGAAAAAAAAAAGGGGGCAUAGCUGUACAAACAAAAAGCACAGAGCUGCCCUACCUUUUUGAAAAUUACAGGCCUCACUGGCAUGGUCUGUAUGUUUUUGAGAGAACAGCUGACCAAAAAACGUUAUCUAAACAAAUUCUUACAUGUUUAAAAACCUCUUUGUUGAACAGUUUAUGUGUAGCUGCAGCAUUAGUGCUUUAUUUGGGCUACAGCAAUGGGAAGAGAGAGUGUCUGAGUAUUUGUGUCCCUUGCCUGCAUCUGAACACUGCUGCAUGUUUCCCUGGUGAAAGAUAAUCCUCAGAAAAGGAAACACAGUCCCUUAGUUAAGAUUGCAUGUGAAAGUAAAGAGAUCUCACCCCAUGUUCCUGUCAGUUCUGUAGUUUGUCCUCAAAGUCUCCCCCACACAGGUGUGUUGUGGUGGUCUGUGGAAAACAUUCACUUUUACAUGACAGGCAGCUCACAGUCUAAAGCAGAGUUUUUCUGCACAUCAGCAGAACAAGGAGAGCUUGUGAUCUGUGCUGAAUUAGUUCAGAUUAGCAAAGUGCAACUGGCUUUACAAAUUUACUGCAAAUAGUGGCUCUUGUAGUGAUUUUUAAAACUCUGAUUAUUUCCUAAUAGCAAGUUGUAUGUAGGCAUGAAUACUGUAAUUCUUAAAAAAAAAAAAGUAACACAACUAAUAACAGGGGAAUUACAGCUUUGGUACUACUUGGCUGCUUUCUUUGUGAGACUGACAGCCUGCAAUAUGAGCUGUAAUCAGCUCAUGUAAUCAGGAUCUUCAAGGUGCCUUUUCUGCCCAGAUUCUUGCUUUAUUUUGAGGUUGAAUGUUGUUGUGUUCACAGCAAAUUCUCAAUGAUUUGUGUCAGUAGUUGUUAUAAUUUGUUGAUCUUGGAAGUUCAUUAAUAAUUACAUCUUGCUUCCAUUUAGCAUGAAUUGUGUUGGAAAAAGACAAUCAGAUGAAGGAGUGGCUUUGAGAGAAAACUAAGAGCAGCUCUUUUGGAAGACCCUUAUUGAAAUUAAUUGAAGAAGUAUAUAUUGAGCAAGAAGGGCUGCCAGACAGCUUGACAGACUUCUAAGAUGUGUUCUGACAAAUUUGUGUGUGGAUAAGAGGCUUGGUUCUGCUGCUUGCUUUGGUUCAGCUUAAGGAACAGGAAGAAAUCCUCUGUGUUGGGUAUGUGUAUGGGGGCAGUGGGGUAUAAAGAUGGAAAGGGGAUGGGAGAAGAGGGAACAGACAUGGUUUCUACACUUGCAUUUCCUCAUGGCACAAAGGAAUGCACAGAGAGUUUGGAUACAGAGAUGCAGGGCUGCAGGUUGGGAGGAGGGAGAGUGCCCAGCGCUGCUCGGAUCUGUCCCACACUGAAGCACUUGAUUUUCUUCACUGAUGGCAGGGAAAUGUUGGUAAAUUUAAUAUAGAGCCUUGGAGCACUAUAAAAUCCAUCAUGAUGGGGUUUUGGCAGUUUGUAAGAACUUGCAAAUUGCAGAAACAAUGUUAUUGUUCCAUUAGGCACUUGGGUCUGUGCGUGAAUGUAACAGGAAAACUCUGCUCUGAGUAAGAAGAGACUAUAAAAAUAGAAGCAUGGGAUAUUAAAAAAAAUUCAUCCUCAAAACUGCAGAAGGAGCUGAAUAUUGGUAGCCAGAAUUCUUGGAAGGCUGAGAGAACAAUGUAUAAACACUCGAGGGACUUGGUAGUCACAGGAAGAUAAGGGGGAACCCCCUUAACAGUUUCAUCAGAAUUCCCUGGCUGGGCUCCUUCUCUUUGGCUGCUUCUCCCUAGGGGUCUGCAUCUUAUCUCGCUGGCUUCCUUUCCUCUAUUUGCCUCUGACUAAUGGGCUUUGUCUGCUGGUUACUGGAAGUCUAAUAAGUUCUUUUGUCUCUUAACCCUUCCUCCUUUUUAAAAAUACUAGAUUAAUGGCUGUAAUGUUUUGCAGACUAUCUGCGUUGGUGACAUGGAUUAAUUGUGUGCUUGACUCUUAAGUUACCCAGCAGUAAUGACAUAGUAACUUGACUUGAAACAAUGGUAAUUUCAUGGCAAAUGUUCAAGGCAAAUGUUGCCUUCUGGUAAAGUGCCAACUGCAAUUUACCCCCUGUAAACAUGUGACACAAGUAAACUGGCUGUGCAGAUUUUCUCGGUGUCUUCUGUACAGUAAGUUGUCUUGAGUGUGUCUUUUGAAACACUGAUCUCUCUUGUCUCCUCCCCCCCUUUCUUUUGACUCUCGCUUGAGUCAGGUAAUUACAGAUCUGGGUUGAAACCUUCCCAGGGUGAUGAGGAAAGCCAAGACUUGCAGACCUGCUCCCAUUGCUCACUGGCACCUUCCCUUCGGGGGGUUUGUGGAUCCACUGGGCUCUUGGUGAUGGGCUGUGGGUGAGUGAACUGGAGAGCCCCAGGCAGGUGGGGGUUGGCAAAGCCAGGGGAGCUCUGAUUUCCCCUGCACAAGUGCCAGUGUUCUUUGUGGGGACAGGAGGAGGUUCUCCUUGUCACGAGUGGCUUUGGUGUGAUAGUGUGACGAUGUUUUUAUAUUCUGAUCUCAGUGCUCACCAUAACAGAGCAAAUAAGGAAUCAAAGCCUCUUGCCUAAAAGAUAAUCUGAGAACUGACCCAUUUAGGUCUCCAUUUUAUCCAUGUGUCUUGGGGGGCAGCUCUCUGGUCCAAUGAUCUGCAUCCAAAGGAAGCAGAAAAUCUGGAUUUUAGUUAAAGGUUAUUUCAUUGCAAUAUUCUGCUGCUGGAAGAAUGACAGUUAGGGGACUACUUAGAUGCAAGUAUUUAAGAGCUCUUUCACAGAAGUAGGAAUACUGUAGAGAAACCAACAAAAGCAUAGGUGGUGAGGCAGGAUUCCAGUAAAGAGAGUAAGCUAGUAUAAUCUUCUGGUGUCUCAGAAAGAAUAGUUAUAAAUGCUGUUCUGUCUACAGCAUCUGUUUUGUGAAAGACAAAACUUACUUUGCAAAAUGUGAGAAUGCUGUUCCUGACCUCCUGUCACAGUUUGUUAUUCCCACAAAGUCAGACUGCCAGAGACAGUAUGACAGUCAUAGUUGUUUGUUGUCUCACUUUUCCUGUUUAGUGAACAGAAGUGGUUUUUUUUUAACCAAAAGAAUUAUGUGCUCCUGAAAUAUACCAGUCUUAUUUUUGCAUCCAUGUAGUAGCAGAAAGUGACAGUUUUUAGCUUUUUCUUUGAUUUUUUUGUGUGAUGCUUUUUCUCCUGCAACUUUGGAACUUGUAAUGCAGUCAGUCUUAUCCUUUUGUUUUAAAACAGAAAGGGAGGGAGGAAAUUAUCUUAGCACCUAUGAUUAUGGGAGGCGUGUGUAGCUUAGUAGUAGACUCACAAACACAAAUGUCCUAGCUCUUGGUUUUGGUCAUAUGCUGACCAAUAUUCUCAUUGCCAAUGAAUCUGUACAGAAAGCCUUGAGUACCCUGGAUGAGCUUGUAAAUGGGUGCCCUGGAGUGCCAAAGGUCUGCUGUAUUCCAGCUUCCAGCAGUUACCUGUGCUUGGAGUUAGUGAUUAGUUCUCAUGAAGCACAGGAUAGAUAUCUACACACCUGUCUCUUGUGGGCACGGGAUGUCAAGAGAAAUCAAGUAUAUGUGAAAACUUAUGAAAAAAGGUGUGUGUUGGUUGAAGCUUCCACCAGAUUUCUCAAGGAGAGGUGAGAGUCUUUGUCACAACUGAUGACCAAGUUUGAGUACUCAAAGGAGCUCCUUUGAAGCUACUGAUACAGUUAGCAUCAAAAUACUGCAGCAUCCUUUAUGCAGUGGGAAAUGUUGGUGUUGUUCACUGAAAUAGGGAAGUUGCAAAUCAAAUCAAGAGAGAGAAUUAGGGCUUCUGCAGGUGGCUGUGUGUAUUUUCUGCUUUAGAAACUGCAGUCAGUUUAAAAAUCCAAGCAUAUGCUCUUAAGGCACUUUCAUAUGUCAGUGCUUUCACUUAGAACAAUUUGUUGUACAUCACUUAGAUAUGAUUCCAGUAUUUAUGUGGUCAGCUGGUACUGAAGUUCCUACACAACUGUGUGCAAUGAGUGAUUCUUUUGGCUGGCAGCCUGUAAACUGUGUUACACUCACUGAGACGCCAGUGGGCCUUCUGUAAAUUCCUUAUGAGCAUCUGCUGCCAGCAGGGAUCUUACAAAGUGGUCUGGCUCUUGUCUUUAGACUUGUCCCUUCAGUGUUAGGUGCUGCGUGGUCACUGUUCUCACAGCUGCUUUCUGCUGGAGAAGGGAGACUGAUAUCCAGAGCUGCUGGAGGGGCUUCCUUCUUUGUGUGUGACUGCUGUCUUUUCUUCAGUGUUGAGAACUGCAAGAAACAUGAAGUUAUUCACUUAGUACAAUUGGUUUAAAGCAUAUCCUACUAUUGCAGGAGUCACUCGAAAUAUACCUGAAUUAUAUUCAGCUGAAUGUAAUUGGUGAAGGCACCUCAGACACUUCAAGGUGAAAUCUGAUAGCUGAACUCAGUGUAGAAGAAAAUCUGUGCACACUUAGCUCAGUUUAAAAGUCAAUGUUUUUCUUUCCAUAGCCAAGUAGAUUGCAGACUGAGGUGGUUUUUCAAAGUUAUUCUGGUUUGGCUGCAGAGAGUUGCAAUUUUCUGUAGGUUAAUUUGCAGAAUGGAUUGAGCCAGGGUAAGGUAAAUAUUUGUAGCACAACUACUUUCAGAUGCUUUCAGUGGGAUGCAUCUCUGUCAAAUACCCAGGGGCUGUGGUUUCUUUUGGUCCCAUAAUCUGCAGUUUUGCUGCAGAGAUGUGAACUGGUUGUGUCAGCACAGAGUAGCUCUUCCUCUGGCAUGAGCUGGUUUAAUUAUUCAUAAUACAUACUGAGGUGUUUAAGGUCUGUCAUGCUGUGCAAAAGUUACACUGUACCCUGGAAAAAUACUAAAGGAUUAUUCUUUUACAACCCUCUGCACAUGAAAAGGGGAAAAACACACAAACUCUCAUUAGAAGAUUAUUUGCUUUUUUUGGUAGGUGCUGGACCUUUUAUGGCGUUUGACAAGGAUCUUGAGGGAGAUGGGGAAUAUUGGUAGUUUUUAAAUGUAUGGAGAUAAAUUGCUCAGUGACUGAACCUUUGUUUUUUGAAGGUUGUUGAAUUAUGUGCAGCGAAAUAAAUGAGUUUGUUCAUGUCUGAGUAUGUACGAGGUAGGGAAUCAGAUGGAAUCUGAUUUGGGUUCUGGUUUCAGCUUUACUUAAAACUGAUGGCAUGAUCUUGAACAGCCCUGUUGUUUGGCUGUCUUGAUUUCCCUCUGCCCAUUGUCUUGCUCAUAGCUUAAAUAGACUUCUCAAAACAAGUACUGCUGCUGCUUGAAUUAGUUCAUUAAUUUAUUUACAUUACAAAAGCACCUGAAGGCACCCUUCUAAAAUUAUAUUCUGUUUAGCUAACCAGACUUGGGUUUGUUCUUUGAAAAUACAAUAAUCCUAACAAAUCAUUCCACCCACCUAAUAAAGUAAGAUGAAGCACAUAAUAGGAAACAAUUGAAAACUUUUUUAUGGGGCCAAAUGGAAAAACAAUGAGAAGUAAUCAGUAACUAAGGUAUUGUGUGGUUAGAGAAUGUAAAGGGAAGGGAGGGAUUCAAGGAUGAUGCAUUUGCGUCUGCUGAAAAAGCUGCUUAAGGAAUGUAUCUUCCAUAAGAAAAAGUAGUAAGGUGCUUAAGUCUUUCUCUGCCUGUCAUUUUUCACAUUAUUACUUAUUUUCUUUAAGCUAGCCUUACACAAUUAGCUGCACACUGUGAACUACAGAUCUGAAACAUCUCUUCCACUUUUUCUUGAGACUACUUGUUGAACUUUAAACCUGAACUGUGGUGUCAUGCUCCCGAGUGCAUGCAGAGUCAGGCGCUCUUCAAGAGUGCAGAAAGCAGGUUUCCUCUGCCCAGUCUUGAAUGGAAAAAUCUCCUUUGAUGAGUAAGCGCUGGACUUGGAGUGACAGCAUACCAGCACAAGGCUCAGGUGCUGUAAAGAGACUUUUGCCUGCAUCCUGGUGAUGGGGGGGAGUGGUUCCUCUAGGAAGAGAUUUGGUGAUAGCUCUGAUUCUUGGCCCUGAGACCUGGCCCAGCAUGAUGGACUGUAAAUAUGGUGAAGUUGUUUCUGGUUUUUUUUUUUUUUUUUUGGUAUUUUUGUACCUGGCCUUCCCUUCCAAGGUAGUUAAGCCUUUCCAGUAUGACCUUUCUCAGAGAAGUCCACUUCUCAUUUGAGAAAGUAUGCAUGCCUCCAAUAUAGCUGUUGCCUGGCUUGGUUUUCCCCUCACUGCCAUGUCGCCUUCUGCCGAGGGCAGCUGGAGCUCUGCAUGGUGCCUUUUCAGGUGUCUGUAUAACUAGCUUCUACUGUAUGCAGGCAUCUUCUGUAGAGACAAAUUUUACCCAGUUUGAUCACAUUUCUAAAGUUGUUUUGUUUCCAAAGCUCAGACUGAGGUUAAUCAGGAAUAGUUUUGUUAUCUUGUUUUGGAACAGAUUGGUAAAGUUCUCACGUAUCUGCCCACAAAACCAUUACUGUCUGCAAUCCAUUGAAAGGUUCUUCAACUGCAGGAAGCCUCACAAACUAAUAAUUCAUUUUAACUAAUUGCAGCAGGACUUUCCUGCUUUUAGACUUCCUCUUGAGUAACUUUGCAUAAAAGUAUUUGUGCAGCAGUGGUGUGGAGCAGAUCAGUGUGACACAGGUGCUGGUGCAGUGCUUGGCUGGGGAUGUGGUGAGGUGUGUUCUGGGCUCCUCAGAGCCCAUAAUGUGCCAUUGUGCUGCACUCAGAGGGCUUCUGAUGAGAAAGUGGCAUUGCAGGUUCAGACUUGAAAUAAGCAGUUUCUGUAACAUGCUGGCUUUGACUGAAGUUUGGCUUACGCUGUAACACUUGCACUCCAAGUGCUUGGUGCUGUGGUGUUGGUGUAGAGCUCUGAACUGCACAGUGAAAGGUUCCACAUGGAGCUGAUCCUUUCAAUUUCUGCCUGCUGAAGAGGGAAACAAUACCUCUGAUCCUUCACUGAUUCCCACAGGGGAGCAAAGAAAGUUGCCUUUGGUGAGAAGGCUGCCUGCUCUUACCUCUGGGAAAGCUGCUGGGGGUGUGGAGGGCCUGCACUGAUCCUCCUGCCCAGUGCUCAGGAGAGCCAGGUCCCAAGGGUUAGACACAGGUGUGACAAGAGCCAGGUGAGCAAAACAAAGGCCUCCAUCAUCCCAAGGGCCCACGCUGUUUACUCACUUAGCUCCCCAUGGGUUGCUAAUGAGCAGUGCAGGCUGUUGUGUGAGUUACUGUGCUGUGCAGGGAGAGGGGUGUUGGUGACCACAGCCUGCAGCUACACCUUGCAGCUCUGGCUAGGGACUGACCCAAAACCUGCGCCACCAGCGUGCCGAUGCUCCUCUCCCCGCUGCACUCACUGGACACGGUUUAGGAUGAAGUCAGUGCGUUGCUGUGCUAUGACAGCCUUUAAAUACAGCCUUGAAGAGCUUCAGCUUUUAACUGCUAACUCAUACUAACUUUUGUUCCAUAACCCAUCAUUGUGUUGUCAAAGUUUACACAUGCUACUACAUUAAAACUUUUGAAAAGGUUAAAUGGGCAACUUGGAAGAAUAGAAAUAUAAAGAAAGGGGAAGAAUUGUAGCUGGAGGUUCUAACAUAUUAAAAUUUCUGGCUCGAGUCAGUAUGCAUGUGUGUAUAGGUCAGCCAACAUGGAAAUUACUUCAAACAACCUGAAAAAGUUUGGCUUUUGCUGGGUAAGGCUGAUCUCCAUCAGAUUCAGCUUCUUUUGAACUUGAAGUAAGUGUUUGCUUCCAGUACAUGCAGUAAAUCAACUGGAAAUGUAGAUUUGGUGGAUCAUGGGAUCAUAGAUCUCUUCCAAAGAAAUACAGAUAUGUUUGAAAAGUAGUUCAUUGCAAAAAAAGUUGCCAUGACAAUGAUUUUUCAAAAUGUGAACUGUAAAAUGUUUAAACAGGUUCCUGGGGAAUGAGGUUGCACAGCACCCUGUGUUCUUCCCCGGUGAUUUAGAAAAGGAAUUAUUUAGAUGCAGGAGGCCAAAAGAAAUUAACAUAGAUGUGCCAGAUGCUACAUUUUCUUAAAUUCUUGAAAUUCAUGGGAUGCUGUGGUCAAAUAGGAAGAAAUUCAAGCUGGUACUUGCACCGUGAGAGAGGCAGACACUCCUCUGCUCCCCUGCCUGUUCAGCAGCCCGGUGGCUGUGCACCCACUGGAGUGUCUGCUAAAAGAGCUGUGAAGCCAUGAAGGAGGGAAAAAGGGUGGUUGGUUGUGUAAAAGAUGAGGUUUGGGAGCAGAGUAUAUAAACCCAGUGUGAAAUAGACUUUUUGGUCUCCAUCUCAACAGUAAAUGCCUAAAAAUGAUUCGGUGGAGAUAUGUUUUUGCUCUGUGUGUGUAUAUGAGUGAAAGUACCACCGCAGAGUUUACAGGCAUUUUGAAAUGUUUGAGGCUUUUCAGCUCUAUCAGCAGCUUUGGUCUGAGCUAGGUUUUAUGUGUCAGUCAAAUUUUCCUAAUCCACAUACAGGAUUCAGGUUUGGGGAAAACUCACAUGGAAAUUGGCAUAGAUGACAAGAAGUUGUUUCAUGGUUGUCUUUCUAUACUCACCCCCCUCUUUCUGCUGAAGGAAGCUCUGAACAAGAUAAUGUUUCUUCUUGUUUCCUAAGAAGUAAAUCUCCUGUAAAAGCAUUCUAUGUGGAACCCAGGGAGCCUGAAGGAAGCUGUGAAGCUAGUGGAAUGAUUCCCUGUGUAGCUGAAACUAUGUUAGCUGAGUGCUGCUGAUGGCAUGGUGAGAUGUGUUGAAGAGCAGCUGCGAGGGUGUCCAAGGGCAGGGGGACCGUGCUAGGAGCUGGGCUUGCAACACCAUGGGCCAGUGUGUCACCAAGUGCAAGAACCCUUCUUCUACCCUUGGCAGCAAAAAUGGGGAGAGAGAAUCUGGCAGCAAGUCCCACAGCAAGAGAAGUGCAGUCCACAAAGACGACCAUGGCUCAGCUUGCGGGAAGGCUUCGGGAGACAUUCUUGUGAAUGGCACUAAGAAAACAGAUGCUGCUGUAGAGUCCAGUCAGCCUCCGACGUUUUCUGGAGAUACAAAGAAAGACUCUGUUUGCAGUGCAGAGGAAUCUUCUCUUCAAAGGAUUGGGGAGUUAUUCAGGAGGUAUAAGGACGAGCGGGAAGAUGCCAUACUGGAAGAAGGAAUGGAACGAUUUUGCAAUGACCUCUGUGUUGAUCCCACUGAAUUUAAAGUACUAGUUUUGGCUUGGAAAUUCCAGGCUGCUACCAUGUGCAAAUUUACAAGGAAGGAGUUUUUUGAAGGCUGCAAAGCAAUAAAUGCAGACAGCAUUGAUGGCAUUUGUGCAAGGUUCCCCAGCCUCCUAAACGAAGCCAAGCAGGAGGAUAAAUUCAAGGAUCUCUAUCGUUUCACCUUCCAGUUUGGCCUGGACUCUGAAGAAGGACAGAGGUCGCUACAUCGGGAAAUAGCCAUUGCCCUUUGGAAAUUAGUCUUCACCCAAAACAAGCCCCCUAUUUUGGACCAGUGGUUACACUUCCUAAUCAAGAACCCCUCAGGAAUCAAGGGAAUCUCCCGGGACACGUGGAACAUGUUUCUAAAUUUUACUCAGGUGAUUGGACCGGACCUUAGCAACUACAGCGAGGACGAGGCCUGGCCGAGUCUCUUCGAUACCUUUGUGGAGUGGGAAAUGGAGCGGAGGAAAAAGGAAGAGGAAACCAAAUGUGUUCUGUGCUCGGACACAGAGGGGCUGUGUGCGGACGGACAGACCUAGCGGCGGCCCUGCAGCAGUGACAAAAGCAACUCGUUGCCCUUCACGAAAUGUAAACUCUGGAUGUUUCUGGAAAUUACCGAGGCUCCAGAUUUUUCUACUUUACACCUUUUUCUGCCUUGUCUUUGAAAGGGCUCUAAAAUGCUGUAUCAUGUUUUAGGCACUUUCUUAAUUUUGGUUAUUCCUUUUACUCUUGCCCUGAAAUAUUUGACCCUGGCUACAAGUUAAGCAUUUUUUUUAUUUUAUUUUAUUUUUAAGACUUCAGAUUAGUAUAAGUAAGUCUGAUACUUCUUGCACAAUGUAGAUCUUUUUAGUUAGGUUAAAUUAACAUUGCUAAAUUAUACAGUGCCAGAUUAAGUUUUUUCAUACUACAUCUGUCAGGGCAGGUCUGUACUGUGUGUAGUGCUGUUUACAUUGUUGAAAUUUUAGGCUGUAAUAAUUUUAAGGUUUUAUACUGAGAUGAACAGCAGUGUUAACUAUAAAUGCAUUAAUCCUGGGUAAUAAGGCUCUAAAAACCAACACAAGCAACAGCUUUUUGUAAUAUGGCUAAUUCCCAUUUUGAGCUAACUCCUAGUGAAUGAGUCCAGAUCAUUCCCUUUUUUGGACUUUCAAACUAAAUGUUGGGAUUGUUUUAUAAAAUUACUGUACCUGUCAGUCAACUGAGUGGUAGAUGAGGAUUUAUAUCUAAAUCUCUUUACACAUUCACAUAAUAAAAGAGCAGUACUACCUCAGUUUUAUUGAAAGUGGACUUGUUGAUGGACUUCCAUUUUCUCUGGAAGUUGUAUUUUUGUGGUUACGUGAGAAUAUUUUUACUUGACUAAAAGAACCAAAGGUUCUGCUUCUUAAGUUUGCUAAACAUUGAGAGAAGCAACACACAAAUCCUAAGUCUUCAAGGAAAACUGUGGUAUAAUUCUGCUUUAAUUUGUUUGAUUUAUACCUAAAGUAUUACCUUACUUGUCUGGCAAGCACAGUACUUCUCUGUAAGGAACUAUCUUUUGCAUUAAUAUUGACGAACCAAUUUUUUAAAGCAUAUGUUUAAUUGCUAAAUUGCAGUUAAUACUCCACACUUUCUGGAGCAACAAUAUCGGCAUCUGAUGACAAAAGUGAAUUCUUAAUGUGUUCUUAAUGACAGCAGUGUAGAUGAGUCAUUUUUAGACUGAUUUGAUAAUAUUUGGAUAGGAGUCAAUUUAUUAUUUUACAAUGCCUGUAUUGGGACUAUUUGCCUGUUGAAAUUGUUGUGACUUAAAGGGAGUUUUAUUAACACUGGUUGAAACUUUUUUGGUUAUUGAUGCUACCUUUUUUAAUUUUAGUAUGUCAACUUUUUUACACCUUUUGGUAAAAGGAUUGAUUGCCAAGGCUUUCUGUAUAGCCAAGUGCUGGCUUAAUGAAUUUGAUACACUUCCGUUACACCUUUUAUUUUCAGAGCUGCGUUUCAGGAUCAUAAACCAACUUCAACUAAAAAAAGCAAAACAAAAGCCUAGACAGUCAUCCAUAGCAUCUAAUGGCUUUUGUGAUAUAAGGGUUUUAAAAUUAAAGGGAACAGGUUUUAAGUGGCGAGCUUGUCACCAGGUCCAGGGUGUUGUGCCUUGUACGUCUGUUGUGCCCCACAGGGGUUAGCAGAGAGAGGAGUAGGAUCUACCCAGAUUCUGGGACUGGCUUUGCUGGUAUGCAGCCCUGCAACUGCUUGGCUUGGAGGUCAUGAAUCACUAACAAAAUGUGGGUAAUGCAAACAGUUUAAAAACAAACCCACAAGCCACAAAUAGCAUCUCUUUCAUCUAAUAAAAGGAGAGUUUGGUCCAUGCUGCUCUUGCUGGGAUACAAGCUGUGGAAAACAAAUGUGUUUGUUUUAGAUGCAGCUGAAUCUGUCCCUUUGCAGGAGAGCCCUGAAGUUGCUGUUUUGUGGGUCAAUACACCCAAAGCUUUGUCCUUGCUUCUCUAACUUUCUGUGGCACAAAAGUGUUUGGCAGCAAAACCUUAUUCUGAUUUGGUGAGCAAAGCAGGCCAAAGCACUCUUGCUGGAAUUGUUGAAUUUAUGGUGAGACUUUUGCUGGUGCUGUUAUUUUUAAAAGACUAAAAUAAAUUCCCCAACAGAGGCUGCUUUGUUAGGAAAGGUUCCAAAUGGAGACUGAUUUGAUAGUAAAUGAAGACUGUGUAAGUUUGAGACUCUUCAUUCAUUCAGCUAUUAAAUGCUUUGUUCGUCACUUAUUUUUUUUUCCCCUAAAGGAAAUUUAAAAUGUCCAGAGUGUGAAGAGUAACUAUUCAAAUGGUUAGCUUACCAGAUGGCAGCUUCUGAUUUACACCCUAGCAUGCAGCAGCCCCAAAGCAUGAGGGAUAGAGCUCUUGAAGGAAGGUGUUUAUCUUGUGGUUGGAAUGUGGACAGCAGUGAGGAAAUCAAUCUGUAGCGCAUCAGGCUCAGCCAUUUUAAUGUAUCAGAGGUAGUACAGCUGCUUUUUAAAGGCGGAGGUGAACACACAGGAAGGGAAAAUCUGGUUUCCUGUUGGGGAAAGGACAUACCAUUACCCACGUGCUCAGCGUGGGGGACAGCCCUGCUCCUGUUCUGCUGCUUCCACCCAGGCAGGAGCAACUCCACCCACUGGGCAGGGUACUUGCAAAAAUAGCCAAAUGAUCUAUCUAGCAAAGUAUCACUUAUCUUUAGCCUAAUUUUAGUCCUUUAAUUACCAUUUACAGAAUGCAAACCAGAUCCGUGUCAGUUUUAAAGUCCUGAAGCAGGAGCUGAAGGUGCAGCUCUUUGGCAGUGCUGGCUGUGAGCAGGGCUAUCAGACCCUCUUUUGGAUUGCCUGGUGAUUUUGUGAUCCCAAACAAGGCUGCCCGGACUCUGUAAUGUUGGGGUGAGGGAAUGGAGUUUGUGUGUGUCUCCGAGAAGUCUUCAAUAAUAUUUGAGCCUCUGAAAAUAUGCUUGUUUAAUGGUUAAACUGUGAAUAUCUGUGGAACAGGCCAAAUACAUUCACUCUUCAUUUUUAUAUAAUUUAAUUCUUCAUUGUGUAGGGCACAGGACUGUAAGUGAGCAGUGAUGCUGAUGAAAUCCUUGAAACCAUUGCAACUCUUUGAAUUUUUUUAAAAUUAGAUUAUGCAUUAGGAAACUUUAUGCAUGUAGUGAAUCUGCUGCAACUUGGGAUAAGUAACUAUAGAUAACUAUAUAGAUAGAUAGUUGGAGUAAUAUACUGGAAAACUGGUCUGAUAUCCACAAUCUGUGGCAUUUUACUGCCUUCUCUUAUAUGCAAAGAAAUACAGCUCCUGUAAACUUUAUCCCCUAGUAAUAAAACACUGACCACCUACACCAUAUUAUAGCUUGCAACACCUUUAAAACUUGGCUUCCAGAUCAACUGGAGGCUUAAUUGUGGUAAUUUUCACUUGUGUGGGUGCAUUUCUGAGGUCAAAGACUAUCUAUUGAUUCAAGUAAGGAUUUGAAAGUUCCUGCCCAUAGCAGGCCAUAAAGCAUGACUGAGGCAAUGAGUUGGAAUUGAACACCAAAUUGUGACUUUAUUUGCUGCUGGUGCUAUUCUACAAGCAGAAUUACAGCUUUUUAGUACUGUGCAAUCCUAGCAAAAGGACCACAGGAAAGUGACCACAGGUCUGGCAGGUGGCACAGAAGCAGCUGGGACUGUGAGAGCUGCUUCCCCAGGCUGGCCCAACAGAUCUCUGGAUCAGCUCUGAGCCAGGACAGUUCUCAGCCAAGCACAGCUCAGAGCAUGAAAUGAGCUCAGGCUGCUCUGCUGAGGGCUGAGGGGCUUGGGUUGGUGGCAGAGGGCGCAGCCCCUCUUCCCGUGGGCAGUGCUGGGGGGCAGCAGCAGCUCUACUGCUGGCUUUUAUUUCACUCUGUGUCCAUCAGAGCCUGAAGAACCCGUGGAUCCAGGACUAGCUGUCACCCGUGGUUCCCAGGCCUGUGCACUGACCAGUGACCUUAGACUUUUCAUGACACUGUCAACAUGAGCCUUGUUUCCAGAAAAAGCCCAGCAAAGUUAAAGAAACACCAUGCGGUUAAUAGCCACCUCAGCUGUGAUACAGUUUGUUGGCUGAGGUUACAUCAUUUCCAUUCUUUGGUAAAUAAUAGUCAUUGUGAGUUUCUGGGUCUUGCAGCCUUGCAUUCUGCAGUGUGAUGCUUUUUUAGAAAGUCCUCAGUAAAUUGGGCACCCAGUUCUUCCCUUGAGCCCACUCUGCUCAAAGUAUAUGCAUGUGAAUUUAGCCUUUCAUAUUAAAAAGGAAGAUGCUUAACCUGAAACUCAAAAUUUUUCAGGGUAGUGCUUCAAUAUGGAGAAAAACAUAUUUUUUCAAAUAAGUAUUAAAGCAAAGUGUCUGCUUAAAUUUUGUUGUGUGCAAACAAACCCACCAGUGUUAACAUUUUCUCUCUGGUCUAUUGAAGAUUGAACCUUUGGUUUUAUAGUAUGAACUGAAGUGAAAUUCAUGAGAUUGUAAGACAGAAAGAAGGCUGUAACUCCUUCACCAUGAAGUACGUAGGUAUCUCUACCUCUUGUUCUUAGACUUGAAUAGUUUAAGGCUACCAUCCUUUUGUCCCGGGGUUUUAUGCCUGGAUGAGUAAUCUAUUUUUUUUAAUUGACCCAAGUUAAGUAUUAUCUAUUUGCCAUAGCUUUUGGUAUCCUGUGUUUAACCUGUAUGCAAAGGACCCUUUGGAAGGGGGCCGGGUCAAGCUGCAAACCAGAGUUGGUCCUCCCGGGUGCUACUUUUGGAGUGCAAUAGAGCGACCGAGCAGAGCCACGUGGCCUGUGGCUCAGGGGCUUCUGUCACCACACGUCCUCUUCCCUGGUCAGGCUGCCUGUACUGACAGUGAAUUGAAGAUGGAGCAGCUGCUCCCCAAGGGGGAGCCAUCAGCCUUUUCAUUUGCCCUUGAAAAGCUUUAGGAACCCACCUGAUGCAGUGCCAUGAGUGUAUUUUUCUUUUAAUCAAAAAUACUGUGUUUUGUUCCAUGUUGGACUGGACUUGUGACCACCCAGCAAAGAUGGGAGCUGCGACAGCGCAACGGCUACACGCAUCCUUUUUCUCCCUGAGGUCAGAAUCCUGCUCAGAAUAGAACCCUUGUGCUUGAGUAAAGCUGGAGUGUUCUCAAGAGAACUGGAGAUGCCGGAGUGGCUUUGGGGCUCAGCUGUGUUCGUUAAUGCACUGGGGGGGUGUUCUUCUCCAUGCAACACACCUGUGCCCUUCCUUUCCUCCCCCAAAGCAAAUGCAACACAGUUGAUGUCACAGCAAGUCCCCCACGGUGGGAUGCUGUGGCAACUGCUGCUGCAAAAUCCUUCCAGUGUGAGGGCUGGCUUCGGGGUGUGACCUCUUGCACUAUCAGGACAGGCAUGUAUUUCAAGAGAACAAGGGGACAUGUGAGACAGGAGGUAAAAAGAGCAUGUAUGUUCUUGUCCUAACAGCUUGCCUUAAAUCACUGACAUUGCAGCAGUUCCUUGCUACUAUUGCAAUCCUCAGUCUUUGAAAAUCCAACAGGUUCUGUAGGUAAUACUGUUUUUUGUUUAAUUUUUAAUAAGUUUCUAUCUUUGCAUAAUUGCACUCUUCAGAUAAGCCCUUUUUGGAUAAUGUGUCAUUUCACACACAGGAAAAAAAGUCCAUCUCCAGUGUUUGUGCUGUAAAGUGUUUCUUUUUAUGCCCUGUAAAUUAUAUCUGGACUAAAGGCUGCCUACUGUUGAAGCAGUGUGUUUACUUGAAUGUUGCCAUUUUAUGCAGUUACAGCUGCUGACUCUUGCUCUUCUCUGGGGCUGUGAGAGUGGAGAGUGUGUGAGCAGAGCUGGCAGACCUGCGCAGAGGAUUGGUGGAGCUGAAGGCUGGCUGCUACUCCCACGAGUGUUACACGCCAGGGGCCUUCACAGAUCAGUGCUCCGUGUUUGGAAGCUGUGACUCCUUAAGUCAUGCUAAACAAAGUUAUUUGAAAAUACACUUGCUUUCUUAUCUGUAAGUUUGAAAUAGUCUUUUAGAAAGAGAUGGGCUGGCAGGAGGGUUGGAGGGCCUCGUGCUGUAAGUUGUGGAGUAACUCAAGUUCCAGGAGCCGUGGGUGGGACUGGCAGGAUUCUGUCCCGAGCCAGCGCUGCUGGGUUUGCACUGGCUGGUCUUGAGGGCAUGAAGCAACCGCAGGGCCUUGAUGGGCUGUGUGGAGAAGGGUCAGCCUGGGAGCACUGGUUGGAGCAGCCUCGUUUCUUUCUUGUGGAUCUUGAGGCCCCGGUUCAGCCUCAAGUCCCUCUCUGUGGAAGGAAUGUGUUUUGGGAGUGUUGGCUCCCAGAGAGUAGCUCAGUGUAACUGAGAAGUACCGGGAGCACGGUUUGUGUGGCUGUCUCUGUGAGCACAGCUCCCUCAUGGGCCUCUGGGCUCCUCAGCAAAGCAGCCAGGGUGGGUAGGGUCACAUCUGCUGCUCUUGGUGCCCGGGGCUGUUUUGCCUUUUCAGACUUAGCCAGGAGAUAACCCUGUAUGAGCCAGUUUUCUCACUCUGGGAAAUGAUGAAUGUGUUGCAUGUGGCAGAGCAGCCCCGUGGUUCCUCUUUGGGACAGCAGUAUCAGAAGUGCUGUGUAAAUGUAAUGCUUGAAAACAGCUGGAGUAAAUUCUGUUUCAUGUAGGAUCUUUAUUUCAAGGGGAUGCAGCCAAAUUUGAAACCUGAUCUAGAGGGAAAUUGGGAGAACUCCAGGGCAAUGCAUCUACUGAAUCCCACUCUACUGAAUUGGUUUGUAGUUUUACAGUUCCCUUUCUUACAUCAAGUUUUCUCGCCAUUGGUGUCUGGAACAGAAUGGAAACAGCAUCUUACGGAAUGUGCAAUCUAAGGCACAAUGCAAACAGGGUGUGAUAAGAAGGUUGUCUUUACUUGAUAGCAAUCCUGAGUGCAAUGUUUUUGUUGUGUCCCUUUUGGAAGACGAGCAUUAAGUACAGUCUGAGGUUUUUCUUUUCUUACAAGCAAAGCAUUGGUUUGUCCAUUACUGACUUCUUGUGAAAUUUGUGCCAGAUGUAUAUUAAAUAUUUUGGUGCUUUUUCUAAUCCAAGCUGCCAUUCAUUUACCUGUGAGAUAAUUGUACUUCUGUAUAUUUAAAUGACCAACCCCUUAAAGAAAAAAAACACAAAAAAAUCCUUUAGUCACAAUGUAUCCUGACUACUGUAGCCUGUAAAUGUUCCAAAGCUUCUGGGUUUCCUGUGUUCCAGUAAGGUCUGAGGGGAGGGGAACAGCUGCAGAGAUCUCACCCACUGGAGAGGGAACUCGCACGCUGUUCUGCGCGUUACUGAACAAAUGAGUAACAUUUGUGGUGUUUACAUAACAACACGUUGGUGUUCACUUUUUUGUGCUCAAGCUUUGUACAAAAUGUCUUAUUUAAAGCUGAAGUCCUUUUUACAUUUUUCAAUUAAAAAGGGACAAAUUACUUAUUUUUUCAUGCCUAUGAA